AAAUGUUUAAUUGAAAAGUGAUCAGUUUUAUAUCCAUCUAUUUCCCGAACUUAACAUGUUAUAAAGGGUGAUAGCCCUAACAUGUGAAUGUUAGCGAGUCAAAGAUGGUUCUUGGCUAGGCCAAUGAUGGACGGAACGGGUAUUAUUGGCCGGCUUGCAUCAGAGACCAGACACGAACAAUGAGAAAAUCAAAAGAAAAAUCUUGUUGGCACCCUUGGGUUUGAACCCGGGACCAUAUGCGCCGAAACAUACGUUUGUACCCACUAGACCAGACUGACCCCUUACAUAAAUGUUCAGGGAAUUUUAAACUAUAAUUAAAAAUCGAGAUGAGUGACAAAAAACUGCCUACUGUAUGGAUUUUGGGUGGUCCCGGAAGUGGAAAAGGAACUUUAUGUGACAAAAUCGUUUCCAAAUACGGGUUCACACACAUUUCAACUGGUGAUUUAUUGAGAGACGAAGUAAAUACUGGAUCAGAACGUGGCCAAGAACUUGUGAAAAUCAUGAAAGAAGGAGCUUUGGUGCCCACAAGUGUUGUUAUGGAAUUGCUUAAAGAAAAAAUUUCUAGCAAAUUAGGAUCAUCAAAAGGUUUCUUGAUAGACGGUUAUCCACGUGAAAAACAACAAGGCGAAGAAUUCGAAAAAGCUAUCGGUCCAGUAGAUAUGAUACUGUAUUUAGAAUCUGACGAUGACACGAUGGUACAAAGACUACUGAAGAGGGCGGAGACCAGUGGAAGGUCAGACGACAACAUGGAAACAAUUAAAAAACGACUUGCUACUUUUCAUACUCAUAACGAUCCUAUUAUUGAAGUUUAUAAAUCCAAAACUGUAACCAUUUCAGCACAGCAGACGGCUGAAGCGGUGUUUUCAGAAGCUGAGAAGAGUUUAGAUACUAUUGUUGUGGCUGUGUGAAAAUUUGUUGAAUAAGACACAUACUUGAUACACAAACUUAAAUUUACCUACAUUUAAUGCUGGUAUAAAUUACGCACGAAGGAACAAAAUACAUAUUUACUUAAAAUAUAGUUACCGUCCUUGAAAAAAAAUUAUAAGUAUUUUUAAAAAUAAUUAAUAACAUGCUCAGUUUUAUAAAAAUUAUUACUAUUUUUAAUUUGUCAUAUUUUUGUUUAAAUGACCUCUAAAUUAUUAGACUAACUCUAAUCAUUUAUUUUUAUGCGAUAUAUUAUAUGAUCAUUUAUAUCAAACGCAAAAAGUCUAUUCAUCAGCAAUAACUUAUUACACUAAUAUUACCAGUGAUUCCUAUGAAUUUUUAAGAAUACAUCAAUUCAUAUGAUAAAUACUGGUGAUUAGUAUAUAUGUUUUGGUACACUAUUCACAUUGAUGUUUAAUUGUUAUUAUUUUAUAAAUCAUUAUAUUCCUACUUUGGACUAAAAUAAAGAUUAUUUUUGUGAGAUAGAACAAUAUUAUACUUUUGUGCUGUUUAAAUAAAUGUUAUUACUGCUUUGAAA